CCUAAGAAGGCGUGGCGUCGCGAGGCUGAGGGACUGCGCCUGCGUGCGGAGGACAAAACAGGAAGGAAGGAGGGGGUCGCCGUCUCUCCGCGCGCGACCGUGAAGAAGAGAAUCAAUAUGUCUUCUAUCCCUGCUUCACAUUCUCCUUCCAAGCUAACUGUGGCAUCACAAGUUCCUUUUGGAGAUCUUUGUUCAACCUUAGAACGAAUGCAAAAAGAGAAAUCUCGACCAGAGAAAACAAAAUAUUUCAAAGAAUUUUUAGACUCCUGGAGGAAAUUUCAUGAUGCUCUUCAUAAAAAUGAGAAGGAUGUCACAGAUUCUUUUUAUCCUGCAAUGAGACUGAUUCUUCCCCAGUUGGAAAGAGAGAGGAUGGCUUAUGGAAUUAAAGAAACGAUGCUUGCUAAGCUCUAUAUUGAACUGCUGAACUUACCCAAAGAUGGGAAAGAUGCUUUAAAACUUCUUAAUUACCGAACACCUACUGGUUCACGGGGGGAUGCUGGAGACUUUGCUAUGAUUGCCUAUUUUGUGCUGAAGCCAAGAUGUCCCAAGCAAGGUCAGCUGACCAUACAACAGGUAAAUGAUAUUUUAGAUUCUGUGUCUACCAAUAAUGCUGCUAGAAGAAAAGAUCUGGUGAAAAAAUAUCUUCUGCAGUUAAUAACUCAUAGCACAGCACUUGAACAGAAAUGGUUGAUCAGAAUGAUCAUAAAGGAUUUGAAACUUGGGAUUAGCCAGCAAACUAUAUUUUCUAUAUUCCAUCCUGAUGCUACUGAAUUGCACAGUGUUACCACUGAUUUGGAGAAGGUUUGUAGACUGUUGCACGACCCUACUGUCUUCCUUAGUGAUGUUUCUAUUACAUUAUUUUCUGCCUUUAAGCCAAUGCUUGCUGCUAUUGCUAACAUACAGCAGAUUGAAAAACAAAUGAACAACCAGAGUUUCUACAUCGAAACCAAAUUAGAUGGUGAACGGAUGCAGAUGCACAAAGAUGGAGAUGUUUACAAAUACUUUUCCCGAAACGGGUUUGAUUACACUCAGCAAUUUGGUGCGUCUCCCCUUGAAGGCUCAUUGACCCCGUUCAUCCAUAAUGUUUUUGAAAACAAUGUUCAGAACUGCAUUUUAGAUGGUGAAAUGAUGGCCUACAGUCCCACGACGCAGACCUUCAUGCAAAAGGGAAACAAAUUUGAUAUCAAAAGGAUGGUUGAUGAUUCUGAAUUGCAGACAUGCUUCUGCGUCUUUGAUGUUCUCAUGAUUAAUGAUCAAAAGUUGGGCCAUGAGACGCUGAGCAAGAGAUAUGAAGUACUAAAUAAAAUCUUUACACCAAUACCAGGUCGAAUACAGGUGGUAUCAAAAACCCAAGCAAACACUCGUAAAGAAGUAGUAGAUGCUCUAAAUGAGGCAAUAGAUAACAGGGAAGAAGGCAUUGUAGUGAAGGACCCAAUGUCAGUUUACAAGCCAGAUAAACGUGGAGAAGGAUGGCUGAAGAUCAAACCAGAGUAUGUUAACGGAUUGAUGGAUGAACUUGACCUCUUAGUUGUUGGAGGCUACUGGGGAAAAGGUCUUCGUGGUGGCAUGAUGUCCCAUUUUUUAUGCGCUGUUGCCGAAACUCCACCACCUGGUGAAAAACCAUCUGUAUUUCAUUCCAUUUGCCGUGUUGGUUCAGGUUACACCAUGAAAGAGCUGUAUGAUCUUGGCUUGAAAUUAGCUAAACACUGGAAGCCAUAUCGUAAAAAGGAUCCUCCCUGUAGUAUCCUGUGUGGAACUGAGAAACCUGAAGUCUAUAUUGAGCCUUGUAAUUCAGUCAUUGUUCAGAUUAAAGCAGCGGAGAUUGUCAAUAGUGAUAUGUACAAAACAGAGUGCACUUUACGGUUCCCUCGCAUUGAGAAAAUAAGAGAAGAUAAAGAAUGGCAUGAAUGUAUGACACUUGACCUUCUCGAACAACUCAGAGGCAAAGCUUCUGGGAAGCUAGCAACUAAGCACCUUGAUAUUAGCGAUAAUGAGCCACAAGAAAAGAAACGCAAGACUGUGCCAAAGGUUAAAAAGAAACUUGGCCUAAUGGACCACUUCAAAGCCCCUGAUCUUUCCAGCGUAAGUAAAGUUUCCAGUAUGUUUCAUGAGGUUGAGUUCUGCGUUAUGAGUGGGACAGAAAGCUAUACAAAAUAUGAACUAGAAAGCAAAAUAGCAGAAUUUGGUGGCAGCAUAGUACAAAAUCCAGGGCCGGACACUUACUGUGUUGUCGCAGGAACGGAGAAUGUUAGAGUGAAAAAUAUUAUUUCUUCUGAUAAGCAUGAUGUCGUGAGAGCGGAAUGGGUUGUACAGUGUUUUCAGACCAAACAAUUUGUGCCUUGGCAGCCUGCUUUCAUGAUUCACAUGUCUCCAGAAACCAAACAACACUUUGCCCGUGAGUAUGAUUCCUAUGGUGAUAGUUACACCGCUGAUGUCAGUGUGGCCCAGUUAAAGGAGAUCUUCUCAAGAAUGAAUGACUUGGAGGAAAAGAUCUCAUGGGAGGUGAUUGCUGACAUAGAAGCACGUUAUUUAUGGGACAGCUCUGGGUUGUGUUUGUUCAGGCAGUGCACCGUUUACCUGGAUCCUUCUGAUGAAGCGAGCAAUUCAGGUGCCACGAUCAGUCAAACCAGACUGUUAACUAAGGCACUGACCCUUCGCUUUCAUGGAGCAAGAGUUGUCCCACAGCUUGAGGAGGGAGUGUCCCAUGUCAUCAGUACAGAUGGUGCUGAUUUGACGAGACUAAAGACAAUCAGAAGAACAUUUGAAAGAAAAUUUAAAAUAGUCUCUGAGCAAUGGGUAAAAGAUUCUAUAAAGGCUGGGAAGCUGCAAAAUGAUAAUAGUUACUUAAUUUGAAUGAUGUUAAUUAAAAAAGAUAAUUGCUUACCUUUUUAUAUAUCUAUUUGAAAUAAAUUUGCCACACCCUCAUUCAUUUUUCUGUGCCCUUUUGCAGUUUAAAGAUAAUGUUGGAAAUGGCACAGACACACCCUUGAAAAAUACAUAGGACGUGUUUUUUAAACUUUCUGCUUCGUGUAGCUAUAUUUUAUGGGAAAUCCAAAUGUUUUUACUCAGAACCCACUCUACAAAUGAGUUAAUGUAUAAUAUACUAACCAAAGAGAAUAGAUUCCCACUAAAACCAAAGCCAGUGUUAUGUUUAUGAAUGAGGCUAUGGAUCAUUUUUAAAAAUCAUAUCUACUGAAAUACAUGGUCCCAUUCAUUUUUAAAUUUUUCUUGUGAUGGUAUAACCUUUGAAUAAAGAAAUUGUCCAUAUAAGAAAUAUAAUAAUAAUAAUAAUAAUAAUAAUAAUAAUAAUAAUAAUAAUA